AGGCAGCACAGCUCCAACAAUCUUCUUUGUUAACACGUGCUCUCAUUAUUCUUUUUGGCGGAACUGAAGAAAUUUUGGAGGAACUUCUUCUCCAUCUAGAUCUUCUCCAUCUAGCUCCUCCAUCUUCUUCUCCAUCUAGCUAGUACUCUUUUUACUCAAAUAAUUGCCUCGGUCGUGGUGGUGUGGUCUUUUUAGAGGAACUUCAACUUUUUGCAUGUUUGAGAAGCAAGUCUCGAGCUCGACGAGGACACGCCUGUUGCUGGUCUAUACUUUCGUAUACUUCUAGCUCUAGAUGUAGAUGCUUUUCAGAGAACUACUAAGAGAAACUGUUACCUAGGAACAUUUUGAGUUGUUGGAUAAUUUAUCGUCGCUUGUUCUAGAGACGAGAGUUCUUAGACUGUUGUGGGGACACCGAUCCAGAGAGUAGAUGCAUUUAGAAGUAGUUUUUCUAAACGCCUGAUCGACUUUAAACCAAUUAUUUUUAAACCAUGGGUUGGGGUGGCACGAGUAGUGGCGCGAGCACGCCACGCUGCUUAGGGCUGAUUUCGACGCCACGUGCGAUUCUAAGUGGCCUGCUGACGCCUGGAAGUGGAGGUGGAGCCUCUAGUGUGCCAGCUCCUUCCGGCGUCAUUACUCCUAGAGGCGGCACCAGUCUCCUGACUCCUCGCAGUCUCGUUGCAGCGGCUCAACAAAGAUUACAAAAACCAAUCUGCAGUUCCACUGGCUUCAACCACUAUUAAGAGGAGGACUCAAGAACUUGAGAUAUUCUUCUAAUUGAGAUAUCAUUUCUACUUUUCAUUUCUGAACACUGUUUUUUCUUCUUUGGAGAGUGAGAAAAUGGAAGCAAGAAGUGGAGGAGUGUUUAAGCAAGUACUCUACCAAAAAGUGUUUUCGACUUCAACCAUUUCAACUUCAACAUUUUUUGGAAGUAUAAUGUUUUGAGCUCUAACACAACUUUUUGCCAAGGCUGUGUGGAGUGCGAGAGAAUAAGAAAGUAGUAUUGGUCAACGAAGAAGACGAUGAAAUGUCGAAUCGGCGAAAACGAGUACGACUAUUCGACCCAAGCCUGUUCGGGGAAGACGUCACGCAUUUGAAGUUAAGAAGCUUUAGCUUUUAGUAGCUUUAGCUUUAGUAGGAGAGCUAAGUCUAGCUUUAGUAGUAGAUGGCAGUAGACGAGGACUUAGCUUUAGAUAGACCAUGGUUGUUGAGAAAGCGUGUGGUCACGAAAAACCUAUCGUCGAGGUAGAAGACGAGUUUGUUCUUGUCCUUCUCAAAAAAAGGCCCAACGUCUAAUACAAGUGCGCGUUUCGAUUCUGCUCACUUCGCCAGAGGAUGUGGAAGCUUUUCCCGCACUCGCUGAAGAGCAACGAAAGCAAAGUCCUCUCAUCGUCGCAGAAGUGUCACUGGCUCUCGAAGAAGGCAAGGACUACCCGAUCCGCACACCUGGAGAUUUGAAACCACUGCUACUGAAAGGCGCGAAGCAAAAAAUUUCGGCAUAUCAAGACGUGCUGGAUCGCUUUUUUCCGCAGGACCUAACCUCUACACCUGUGCAUUGUCUUUUGUUAAGAUUGAAUUGAGUCUUUUGUCAUUGGAUUGUCUUUUGUUAAGAAUGUAGCUGUGCUCGUUCUGUAGGAGGUAAACUGGGUAACUGUGUGCUCGUUCUUUUUUGUAGGAGGUACUAAACAGAAUUAUCCUUUAUCUUCUCGAAUCACCACGAAGAUGAAGGUGGGUGGGUAGUAAACAGAAUCCUUCAUCUUCCAGAUGAAGGUGGGUGGUUACUAAAAUCAUUGUUAUCCAUGAGUCUUUUUCGAAAGAAAGAAGAGAUUUAGAUGUCCCUCUUUUUUAUCUCUGGGUUGGUUGGAAAUGAAUUUCCUUCUCUAAUCACCACCGCCCCCUUAGACCAGUGUAUGGACGAAAAUACGGACGAACGACCAGACAUUGACCUAACUUUUGACCAACAGUACGACCUAAAAGAAGACCCAUACGCAUAUGAAGCAAUGCGAGUUUUGCCUCCUCCGUUGUUGCGACACAAAGAAAAGCCUCUAUUGAGGUUCAUCAUGGACAAAGCGCCGAAUGCCAGACACCACAUCGAAAUGCGAGCAUUUGUGCCGAAACCGACCAAACACGCCAUGGAAAGACUCAAGAAAAGGCCAGCGGCUAGUGUCAUGCUGAAUCGGUAAUGUGUUUGUUGUGUUGAGUACGUUUGAAUACUUAGUUGCUGGGACAUUUUCCUACUACUGUUAGUUUGUGUCAAUGAAGAACAAUUAAGCCCUUUAUUUCGGUAGUGUUUAAGUAGCGUGUUGGGAGGACAUAUUGUUGGUACUGUUUUCUACUACAUAGAUUGACAAUAUUCUAUGGCUAUCGCGUCUGAAAUUAAAUAAUUCUAUCGUUAUUGAAAAUAUUCUAUCGCUAUCGCGUCCCCACGAAUAAGGUACACUUACAUCUGGGUUUCGAACACAACGAAGAAGUUCAAGAGCGACCUCUUCCCGUUUCCGCGGGAAAGUAGAAGAAUGCGUUUCGAAACUCCACAGAAGAAAGAUGUAGUCGUAAAGUUCCACUUCCAAGAAGAUUGGGACCACUUCUACGCUCUAUACGAUCUCCUCCUAGAAUCCCCAAAGAGGCAAGCCAAUCACGCAGUCGUGCACGAAGAUACAGUCGUUAAGGGUCGUUACCACAUUUUUGCAUUCUCUUUUGUCCAUAUAAUAGACCUGAAAUCCAUAUGAUUGUGUAUCCACCUGAAAUCCAUAUAAUAGUGACCUUAGACUUCAUAAUUUAUUUGUAUUUGAUAUCCUUAAAAAAUUCGUUGUAUACCUUGCUUCACUACCGAUCGUGCUUGACUUGUUUCCCAGGAAGGAAGGCGUCAGGAGUGACGUGAAAAAUGCAAUGCCACAACCUCUAAAGCAGGCUUUAUCGACAAGUUUUUCGAGAAGAAGAUAGUAAGGGAAAGUGGUGGCGUGACCCGGGAAAUGUUUGAUUUGUGCCAUCGAGUCAUGAUGAUAGACGAGACGAUGAAAAAAGCUUUGGCGGAAACAAAAGAGCAAGCACAUCAAGCGUUGAUGAGUGGACAAACUUUUAUGGAGAUUUUCUUCGGAGAAGUAUGUUCAUCUUGUGCCCGAAGAUUUACUACUUGAUAUUCUUUUGUUGCUGUAGAAGUAGAAGUUGCUUUCAAGUUUCACUGGUUUCAAGUUUCUGGACCCGAGCGACGCGUAUGACUUUCGUGCGACAUUGAUCAAGAGACGGCUUGGAAAUGUUACGCCUAAGUAGUGCUUGCUACCUCCUCAUUUGUUCUAAGAAAUCCGGCAGUAUGUUUUUGAACAGUGCAGCAGACCUCCAAGGGCAUGGCGGGAAGGCGGACCAGGGAAGCAGCCCUGCCAAAGGCGGCGACAGUGGCAAUUCCGGAGCCGGAGAAGAGCCUCGUCACCCCCACGGAACGUCAACCGAAGGAGCCCAGAUCGCUUCGACCGGAAUCCAGAGGGACGUGGCAACGGGGUUGCCCUACUACGACCCAAAAAGCAAGAAGUUCCUGUUUGGCAUGACCCAGGGUUCGCUUCCGUUCAAGGCGGUAGAGGACAACGAGAACUUGCGCGACCUGGUGGAAAACCACCUUCUGCAAACACCGAGCGAGCCAUUGCAUUUCCUGGUGCAGAUCGUCGACCACCAAGGCGCACCGAGUAAAAAGAAACGAUUUUUUUAGGAACAUUUUUGCUUCCUCCUUUUGCUUCUGCUCGUGAACAAUCAAGAGUCGUUGAUGGAUAAGAAGAUUCGUGCCGCUAUGUUGCCACGCAUUUUAAGAAAGAGGAUAUUCUUGUGCAGACGAGGGUAGAAUCGUAUAAUUUUCACACACCUAAUAUUAAGAUACCGGCAGCACCCGCGAACUUCUCUUUACAUGAGACUUCCCACCUCAACGUGAGACCUCUCUAGUAAUGACAGUUUGCCGAAAUUUAGCUUUGACUAGCUGCUUCCCCUUCAAGGGGGUAAAUUAUACAAUCGGAUGCAGGAGUACAAGGAACUACGACCAAGCAAUAGGUACUCGUAAAACCAAAGAAAGCAUCUGCAUGAAGAUUGUCAACAUGAUCUGUCCUGAUAUAUCCUAUUUCUACUUCAUAUAAUUAGCGAUGAUUAGUGAUAAUUGAAGACUACACAUCAAAUAUCUACUUCCGUCCUAUACAUAGUCGAAAUAGCUACACUAGGCAAAGAAGUUGUUAAGAAAAAUUCACAAUGGUUAGACUUUGACUUGUACGUUCACGUUGUUGUUUUGAAUCCUUCACAUUUUUCACUUUCACGAAUGUUCUUCCACUAGCGACAAGUUUGUCGUCUGAUAGUUUAUGUACGUCCGCAAACAGCUGAUAUCUAUGAACAAGGUUGUGGAAUCCGAAUCGACUAACAUCAUCAUCAUGUAUGAACAAGGUUGUUCUACAUUCAGUACAUAUUCGAUUUCGACGGGUUGGUGUGAUUGAGGAAAGAGUAAGUUGAGACCCUUCUACUGAUUCUUUCUUAGGGUCUUUACUAAGUAAAGUUUACUUAGGGUUUUUCCUCAAUGGAGUAAAAUAAGAUAAUGAUGAGGACGAGUCUCGCUUAUAGAUUGAAAAUUUUAUUUUGUGACACGCUAGAGUGAACAAACUUGUGCUUCGCGCACAGGGCUGUGUAAACACGCUUCUAAGUGCUUCUAGGCAUGUAUGAUGCGUGGAGACGAUAUGCCUUCGCACAGAAUUUUGAAGGUGAAAACACAUCAGUUUCUUCCCCCAAAGAGUACCACCUGUAGGGAUUCAACUCUCACAAGAGAGACCAUAGUAAGUAUCCGAUGUAGGAAGCUGCAACACUUUCACGCUCUUAUUGUUUAGACACGAUCUCGUGUUCUGACCAGCUGUAGGUUGUAGUCGUGUUUUUGGCUCUUCAGUAGCCACUAAAGUCUGC